AUGUCUUGCAGUCAAAGCCCCACUUCCGGAAUGAACCCUCAUCAUAGAUCGUCCUCGGGAAGUACGAAGUCUGUUUCACCGUCGCUCGGCUCCUCAGUGAGGGCGGACUACGCUACCUCAACUCCCCACCUCGGCCGACAUCUCCCAACGAGGGGGUCCCAGUCAGACAUCUUGUCGCCCCACUCCCCGCUGACACCGGUAUCUCGAACACUCGAUUCCCCGACGAUCACCGUGUCGCCAACUGUCGGAGGCCUUCAGUCGCCAAUGUCGAAUCAACAUGAUCCCACCUCCAACGGGCUCGGCGCAAACAAUACUUCUGGUCCCCCGCUUGGGGAAACCCAAUAUUUGCACCAACUCAAUUCUGCAGAUGGACACCUCGUCCGCCCAGAGAUUCAUGCCAGGGUGGAUAAGGGUUUUUUUCUGUCUGAGCGCGAUUGGACCUGCUACCGCAGAAAUUACUUUUCUGUUGUGUGCUCAUACAGUUUGACUCCUUCUACACAUUCGCUACCGCUGUACCUGCGCAGAAAUCAAAAUUCGACGCCAGACCAUGUUCUUGCAUUUGCGAUGUGUAUUUCAGCCGUGGUAGACGCCCCUGGUGGAAAGGUUGUAGAUCUCGUUCAACACACCCCUAAGCGUGACAAAGGACCACAGCACAAGCCAAACAGGAUAAAGUUGAGCCCUCAACCUGCUGGUGGUAUGUCUUUUGCUUCUUCUAGCUCAAGUCCUGCAGUGCAGCAGCCACAUUCACCCCAGCCGGGGAACUUGGAACAUGAGUACAGCUUCCCUCAGACACAGCAGCAGCAGCAGCACAUUGCUGUAUUUGAUCGCAUUCAGUUCAAGUCUGCGACCGCAAACAACGGGAAACGACGGGCGGCACAGCAGUAUUAUCACUUGAUCGUCGAACUCUAUGCCGAUAUCGGUAGCUCGGCGUCUUCAGGACCAUCUGGACACACGUCUAACCCUGGGCCUGAUGGUGGCUGGGUCAAAAUUGCAUAUAGGAUUUCGGCCCCCAUGGUCGUGCGUGGGAGAAGUCCAGGACACUAUGCGGAUGAGCGAAGGACCAGUGCCUCAAGCCCCGGUGCCGGAGGCGGCGCUGGUAAUGGGAACGGUACCCAUCCUUCCCCUACAUCAGGUGGAUCCGGCUUCAUGGGAGCCGACGGAGUAACUUCCGCUCAGGGGCCUGGAGGCUCAAACUCGUCCAUGGGAAUGUCCGGGAUGCAAUUGCACACCUCCGGGAUUUCCAGCAUGCACUCAAGCCCUACGACUGCUUCCGUACACAACCCGUCUAUCUCGAGCGCUUCAUCGUCGCACAUGGAACCUCCUAUCGACCCCAUCCUAGAUACCGACUCCUCGUCACAGCUGGAUCAGAACUUUGUGGGUUACCAAUACUAUCCCGCAACGCUCUAUGAGUCACAGGGUCAACCACCUCCGCAGAGUAUCGACAGUGGGUACGACUCGCACUCAUACAGCGGCGAUCGCAAGAGCGAACAUUCGCUGGAGACGAACUGUCACCAAUACGAUUCUGAUGUGUCAUCGUACAUCCCCGCGAGCAUGCCAUCGGGCGACUCCUUGCGUAAGACGACAAUCAAGGAUGAGUUCAGCACGAUUGGGCAACAAUGGCUUGGAAGAGAGCAGCAGCAACGAUAUAACCUCUUCCCGAAAUGUGGGAGGUUUGACUCUUCAGAGAGCUCUCGUGGCUACUAUCCCGACCUCUCCGCCCUGUGA